AUGAUGAAUAGUUCAUUUGAGCAUGUGGCUGUCGCUUCGAAAGAGAAGACGGUGACCGAUCAGUUGAAGAAUGACAAAAUGUGGUAUUUCAUUCCUGUUCUGGUGAAUGAGCGUUUCAUUUCAGAGUUUCCAAUGUUCCUCAUUUCAGACGUUCCCUCAUCUUCUGAUGUUCUCGUACAUUCUCGAAGUGGUCGUCUGCCUCUACUUCAACAUUUUCGGGUUUCUUGCAGUCAUCGUGAGCGCUCAAAAAAGGUGCCCAUCUCAAUCUCUUCCUUUUCAGUCCUUUUUCUCUGCAAUUGACUUUCUGACCAUUUACGUGAGAAGACGUGUGAUGUACUUGUUGGCGGCCUUCACCUGUCUGCCCGCAGCAGCCGUCUUCCUCUACUACGCGGUGAUUAUGUUGAUCGGCGACUGUACGUGGAACUCUUUCCCUUCCGCUCCAUCUGCUCCCUCUUCAGACAGCAGUGUGAAGGCGUCGAUGCGUCCGGCCCCCACGACUGCCACGUGUUUCUUUCUAUGUUUUCUGAAUGCUCUCGCCGUUUAUCCAUUCCUGCGGCUGAGCGGAGUCAUUAAUGAAUUGCGUAACGAAGGAGGAUCAAAAGAAGAAAGUUUAAGCUUAAAAAAGUGA